CAACAACAACAACAACAACAACAACAACAACAACAACAACAUUUAUUACAGCCACAAAGACAACAUAUCCUAUCACCCUCACUUUCACCUUCACCUUCAUUACCUUCACCCUCGCAACAUACCGUACAGAGUUUUGUAGACCCUCUUUUACCAAACACAUCAACACCUACAGACUCUCAUCCAACAUUUUGGUCUGGUUUUAACAAUGCUAUUCCAAACCUCGCUAAGAACUUUACUGAAUAUAUCUCUGGUUAUCCAGUGCAACAAUCACAACCACCAUUUAAUUCACCAUUACCACUUAAAACGGAACGAUCUUCUUCUACUACAUCGAUUACUACUACUACUAUGCCAGGUAUGCAAAUUAGAGUAUUAGGUGUCCCUCAGACAGGCGCCAAGUCUCGUGUUGAGACCCAAAUAAAGCUUUGUAUCCAAUUAGUCACAGACGAUGGUGACAAAGCACAAUGGUGGUCCCACCUCAAAUUACCAGAACAUAUGGUAGCCAAAGACAAACUAAAACGACAAGUGCUUUUAUCAACAGCACCUAAUGGAUCCAAAAUUGCUAAUGUGGCAGGAUUAGAUAAUGCAACUCAUAUUAAGCCUGAAAAAAUGUUGUUUUUGUCUGCGCGUGUCAUUUGUGCAAGCGAUCCAUCUCGGAAAGUCGUUACUUGUCUGGGCUGUAUUCAACGUGAGCGGAAACGUUCACAACGUAGAAAAGAAAACAAGGUCAAGCAUGAGCAAGAAGAAAGACAAGUAGACGAAAAGUCAAUUGCUUUAGAAGAACAAAAAGUGUUGCUGUUCAACUGUUCUGAAGUCGUUGAUUUUAAUUCAGGUGAUACAAUUCUGCCCACUCGUAUCACAUGUUACUGCAGACACCAUAACGAAAGACUCGGUUUCUGCAUUUAUUUUGAAAUGCUGGAUCAUACGGGCAAGCAAGUAGCCACAGGCAUGUCCCCCCCUAUCAUGAUCACAGACGACCAUAAAUCAAACAAAGUGAAGGCAGGCAGAAAACGUCAACGAACGGAGAUAGACAAAUUACCUCCAAACGCAAGCAUUCUUUCAAGCCCAUUUGAUCAACCACCAUUUGCACCUUCUUCUUCAUCUUCUUCCUCAAGUGCUGUUCCCAACACGAUUGCUUCAUUUCAACAAAAUCGACCUAUGUAUAACAACCCUCAUUUCAUUCCUCAACCGUAUCAAAUUCAACCUCGUCCUACACAUUCAACCACCACAACCACCACAACCACAACUACAGCAGCAGCAGCAGCAGUCAUCAUGGAUCCUCGUAGCCCAUUAACACCUUUAGACUCACCCAUGGGAGGCAAUUCACCUUUUAUCGAAAAAGCCAUGUCGCCUGUGCCUGCACCCAACACUGAAAGACCUUCUCUUCAACGCUUGAUUCCCAAUGAAGGUCCUACAUUUGGUGGUGUGGAAGUCACUCUUUUAGGCAGUGGAUUCAGAGCUGGUUUGACCUGUAUGUUUGGUGAUGUAGCUGCUUCCAGCACUCAUUUCUGGUCCCCCAACACUCUUGUCUGUAUCUUACCUCCUGCUGCAGAAGCAGGUACUGUGGUUGUUUCAUUCAAAGAGUAUCCUCUUGUGGUAGAUAGCCAAGAUGUCACUUUAUUUACUUAUUAUAAUGAAAAUGACCGUGCUCUGAUGGAACUUGCACUUCAAGUCGUGGGCCUGAAAAUGACAGGCAAAGUAGAAGAUGCUCGCGACAUUGCUAUGCGAAUUGUACAAGGUGGGGGCAAUAAUAACAAUGGUAAUGGUAGCAAUACCACUUCUUCUGCUCCUGCUGAUACAACAACGCAAAAGAUGUGCUUAGAACGACAUAUUAUUCAAGUCUUGCAAGUCAUGUGUGCAUUCCGAGAUGUUGAAUCCUCGGAUGUUUCGCUGACUAGUGCUCAAGGACACAGUAUGCUUCAUUUGGCUGCCAUGUUAGGCUUUGCUCAAUUGACAGACAUGUUGAUUGAUUUAGGCUGUGAUGUCAAUAUCACAGACAAGAAUGGCUAUACGGCAUUACAUUAUGCUGCCUGGCAUAACCAUGCCUCUGUGGUCCGUGUCUUGCUUGAAAAAGGUGCUGCUGAUCCAGACAUUUCAAACAGAUGGAACAAGAAGCCUGUGCAUCUGACAGACAGCAGUGCUAUUCAGAGCGCUCUUUGGAACCAUGUGGUUGUGGUAGACGAAUCUGAUGCAGUAUAUGAUGACUAUGAUUCAUCCGAUAAAAUGAGUGCUGAUGUCGACACUUCUUUUGAUGAAGAAGAGAGUGAUGAAGAAAGUGUUUGGUUAAGUGAUCAUGAAUCUGUUGCUGAAGAUACAUGGCGUUCAUCCUACUUGUCAGAUUCAGAAGAGUCUAUUGAAUAUCAACCUUAUUUAGCCUUUGAAGGACUUCGACACCGACGCAGGCAACAACAGCAACAACAGCAACAGUCAAAUACGCCACCUGCCAUUCAAUACCUACACGAAGAAGAAAGUUUGUCUCAUUCAACAGAUGAAAUCAUGGAUGCAGAAACACUUUAUCAUGUUCAUCAUUUAACAGACUAUGAAAUGGACGAAGCAGAUCCUAAAGAAAUGAAUUGGAUGCAGCGUACAUUGUCUCAUUUCCAACAGCCUACAGACAAUCGUUCGUUCCUUCAAAACAUCAAAAACACCAUUCCUGCUAAACCUGCAGAACUCAAUCUCAAGACGAUUGCUGAUCAUGUACUCGAGUUUUCUCGUCCAAGCAAUAUGAUUGCGAAUAUGUCUGUCUUGUUUGGAGCAGAUGAUGCUACUCAACAAAACAAAUCAUCACAAGAUGAACCAGCAGCAGAACAAGCAUUGGCUUGGUAUAUGGCUUUAGCGUAUGCCAUGGGCGCACGAAGCUUAACAGAAGAAGAAGAGCGAAAAGAACAACACCCUUAUGAACUACAGAAUAGUAGUAGUAGUAGUGGUAGUAGUAGUAGUAGUCAUAGCCAACAAAUCUAUACAGCAGCCAAGAAACGAAGAGAUAAACGCUUGUUCUCUUUCUGGGUUCCCAUGUUAUGUCUGAUGGUGAUAUGGUUGAUAUUCCAGCUUGUAUCAUCUCAUCCUAGUAUUGCCGAUACAAUCAUUAGUAUAUCAGGCUUUCGAAGACAGUACUUGACCAUGUACAACUAAACACUAUAUCUCUCUUCUAUAUAUUUAAACAAAGUCAAUAAAAAACGUCAUACCCUUAUUUUUCAUCCCU